UCGCGGGAGCUCUCCGCUCUCACUGUCACUUCAUCUCCCAUCCAACGAUGCCGCUGCUAACUGAUAACCGGUGUUUAUCAGUCAGAAAAAAUUGUUCUAGCUUUUAAAAUACUUGAAAUUGUGUACAUUCUAAACUUGUUCACAAACGUAUUAUUAAUGUCAGUCAAACUGGUAGAUUACUUGUUCGAGCCAUCGUUAGUCGUUAAGUUACAUCGAGAAUCCGCGUUAAUUUGUUGAUGCAUAUACAAAUUCAGUAGAUAAUAGACGUGUUGGAUCGUAGUUCAAAAUCGAGAUCGAAGCAUACACCAUCUCAAGAUGAGCAACCUGUUGUAUGGGCCUCCUUUACCUGUUAAUUUUGGGAAUGGUUUGAAACAAAGCGUUGGAAGUUACAUUUUGGACUACAUUCGUAACAGUGAAGAUAGAGUUUAUAUGAUAAAUGGCGAAACGAACGAAAAAUUGACUUUACGCCAACUAUCAGAACGAAGUUUAAACCUAGCAAAUCAUUUACAAAGCUUAGGAUGCCGAUCAUCGAAAACCAACGUGGCUAUUUUUUCCGAAAAUCACAUAAAUUUCAUGAUUGCUCAAUUAGGUAUCUGGUUGAGCGGAUCAACACCGGCUACGAUAAAUUUUCUAUACACGUACGAUGAACUGAAGCACGCUAUGAGCAUCGUUAAACCCAGCGUACUGAUGUGUUCCCUUCAAACAUUAUCGAUAGCUAAAGAAACUUUGGCGAAGAACGAAUUCGUCAAACAUUUGAUACUGCUAGAUGAUCCUCCGGCACCUGUGUCGGAUGUUUUGCUGUUUUCUAAUCUCAUAAAGAGAAGCACUUUUAUGUACAUGCCACCACCUGAUGAUCCAAAUGCUCCAGCGGCGAUUUUGUUUUCCAGCGGAACUACCGGAUUAGCGAAAGGAGUAUUGCAAACUCACAGCAAUAUUUUAUACAUGCUUCGUAUGAUCAAAAUAUACGACUUAUUCCACUUAGAAGGACAAUACACAUUGACCACGUUACCUAUGUAUCACGGAUUCGGGAUGUUUGUUAAUUUAUUCACUCUUGAUCUCGAUAUGACCCAAAUAUUUUUGAAAAGAUUCGACGAAGAGUUGUAUCUGUCACUGAUCGAAAAAUACAAGAUAAAAAGUAUAUACAUGGUGCCUCCUAUGGUAGUAAGUCUUUUGAAAAGCGAUCUAGUAAGCAAAUUCGAUAUAUCUUCCGUCGAUCACAUGGUCUGCGGAUCAGCCACUUUGAAAAUUAGUACAGAAAAAGAGGCGAUAGAAAAAUUCAACUUGAAACGAUUCCAACAAGGUUAUGGAAUGACUGAAAGUACUCUAGUUGUGACUCUUAAACGUCCUGAGAACGAAAAAUUAGGAAGUUGCGGUACUAUAGUGCCCGGAGUUGUUGGAAAAGUAAUAAAUGCAGAGACUGGUGAAACUUUAGGACCAGGUCAAACUGGAGAAUUAUGUUUUAAAACGCCUGGAAUGAUGAGAGGAUACCUUGAUAAUCCUAAAGCUACUGCGAGUACUAUUCGUGAUGGAUGGCUUCAUACUGGAGAUUUAGGUUAUUACGACGAAGAUGGCGAUUUCUUCGUUGUCGAUAGACUGAAAGAGCUGAUUAAAUAUAAAGCGUAUCAGGUUGCUCCAGCCGAAUUAGAAGCCUUACUCAUAAAACACCCGGAAGUAAAAGAUGCCGGAGUGAUUGGUAUACCAGACGAAGUAGCAGGAGAAUUGCCAACAGCUUUCGUUGUCAAAAAAAAGCAAUCGACCAUCACAGAAAAAGAUUUACAACAAUACGUUGCCAGUAAAGUAUCGCCUCAUAAAUGGCUCAGAGGAGGAGUCACGUUCAUCGACGAAGUUCCAAAAAAUCCCAGCGGUAAAAUACUUCGACGAAAGCUGAGGGAGUUGGCUGCCAACAAGAUCGUCUGUAAAUAUUAAUCAUCGAAUCUCGACGACAGACCUAUAAAUAAUCGCGUGAUUUCAAUAUUUCUUUUAUGUAUGUGUAUUAUUGACCAAUGACCAUGUUUAAAUUUGUUUUUAAAAUUAUAUCCUUACGCAAUUUUUUUUUA